AUUGCAGCCAUGAUCCCGGCAUCGAUCAGUCUGUCAUUGAAACAUUGAAGUUGCUUCCACUGUGGACUGUCGAUCCGACUAACAUCAGGGUCCUCACCUUGCGAUGGCCCUAACAAGGUUGGCGACGACAACAUUGAAUCUGCCAGACGGACCUGUCGAGGUCGCUGUCGGAGAAGCCACACCAGAGCAGCAACUGGAGUGUUGCAGGCUUGCCGGGACCGCCUUUGCUGCACCUCUCUCCCAGGACCAAUAUGUUGAGCUGGAGCGCCAUCUCGGCAGCCUGCCACUCGCCGUGCCCCGAGCAAGACGCUACUGGUGCCUGUACCCAAUCAACAACCCGAAUUGCAUCCUCGCCACGUGCAAGACCCUCCACAGAUUCAUCCUCGUCAAAGAAGGCGCCAAAGUGACCGAGAAUGACGGCUACUGCAUUGCCAGCGUCAUAACAAAUCCAGACUACAGGAAGGCUGGUCUGGCUUCUAUGCUGAUGGGCCAUGUAGCCGAGUGGAUGGAUGGUCCUGGAGCAGCAACAGCCAGCAUGCUUUAUACCAGCAUCGGAGAUUUCUAUGCCAAAAGGGGCUGGGGCCCGCUGCCUGCUUUCGAGUCUACCUUGACGUGUGCUACCAAUGCCACAUUUGACAGGCCGCCCAGUCUACCUGGAACGCGAGUCUUGACUCCUACAGACGUCGAUACGCUCUGUGCCAGGGACGUCGAGAGCGUCAAAGUGGUGAUGCGUCAGAUGCAGACCUCUACAGGCCAGAGGCUUGCUGCUGUUUCUCCGACGGCCGAUCUCAUCAACUUGUUGCAGGAAAGGGCUAACUUUAUGGCCCUGAAACAAUUCGGUAAACCAACGGAGCAUCGGGGUGCGAUCAGCGAAUCUGGGGACUCUUGGCUAUAUUGGUAUCAUGAUUUCCGAAAAGGACAGCUGGCCGUGCUGAGGAUCCACCUCUCGCAUGGCUUUGCGGGAAGGCAGCCGGAGCAGCUUGUCAGUCUGUUUCUAGAUGCUUUAGAGGAGGCUGCGGCAUGGGCGUUGCCGAAAGUGACAGUCUGGGACGCCAACCCAGUCGUCCUCGAGGCGUUAGAUCUUCUUGAGGACCGGCAUGCGGUGAAGGUGACAAACGGGCAAAGACAACAAAGGAGUAUACCAUCAUUGAGGUGGAGAGGCGACGAUGGAUCAAAGACGGCCUGUCUUCACUGCAACGAGUUUUAUGCGUGGAGCUGAACUCCAUCAUCGAUUUCCAUUCUACUUGAAAGCCAAUUACGGCGCGACAGGGCGCUCACUACAACUGUGCGUGCGGAGCUCCUUCACCCUUAGGUACUCACUGAAGUCGCUGCACUUAUUCGAUAAAAUGACCCCGGAAACCAGACUGUCAUUCCGCGGACUGCCUCGAACUUACCAUGCCAAUUUGUCGUGUCUACAGAAGACGAGGGUGUCAUUGAAUGUCGAUACAACGGCAUAACAUCAUCGCUAUUCGCGAGAUACUCGCUUUGGCACGAAUAAAUGCAGAGUAUAGUACCGCUUCAUGAGAUCUCAGAGUUUUCCUGCCUGGAUCAAGGCUUUCUGGUUCAAAGAGGAAAUAAAACGUUUGUUUGAUAAGCAGCCGCGGGGCAUUGAUGGGCUCGAACAGCCACUUUGGGCCCCGGGGCGUCAUCUGAAGCGCGCUCAGUUUGAUCUCUCAAGUGUGUGUGGGCAG